UCACAUGCGAUCCGCACAAUGAGGACUGCAAUGCAAACCAAACGCCGCUUUUAUUCACCAAAAACUUUUCGCCUCAAAAAUCCUGAGCGCUAAAAGUGUUUAAAAGUUUGUUUUUUGUAUUUCAUCUCAAAAACUAAACGAGAAAUAUAUUGUGUUAUUAUUGUUGUUGUCGUGCAAAGCAUUUGUCGUCUUUUGGCGACCGGACUGUCGAGUCUUCGGCCAAAUAAAUGAUGGCUUCGGUCACCACUACUGGCUUCACAGUUAUUGUCGGGUAUUUAGUUUUGGUGGCGAUUAUUGGGAUGAUUGAGUGCCGGAUGCCAUCGACAGAGAGUGUGGUUUGGACGACAAAGUGUCCAUGUAGACAAUGUGACCUGGAUCAGUUUGAUAGGAAACGGGUCAUUUGCGAUGAGGGCGACCGACUCGAGAUACCCACUCGACAAAUGGAUAACACGGCUAACAUCCUAAUCUUUACGGCACCGCCUGAUCAUCAAAACCAAGUGACGAUCGGAAGGAUAUUUCUUGACUUCAAGUCAUUGCAAGAAAUUCAUAUUAAAUACAGUAACGUUCCGGCGAUCGGCGACUCGUCCUUCUGGCCGGGAAGGAAGGUUGAGGUCCUGGACCUCAGCUAUAAUAACAUUACGAUUCUUCGCGACACAGACUUUAACGGAUUGACUAAUUUAGCGGCACUUAAUUUGAGUGAUAAUAGUCUCGAAGGUUCGCCUUCAGCGCCGUUUCGUUUCCUAACGAACUUAACUCGACUCAGUUUAGCGCGAAAUAAGUUGACAAAACUGGUGCCCCGACUCUUCUACCGACUCGAGCGGCUCGAGUACCUCGACCUCAGCGGCAACCCUCUCGUCGAGAUAGAGCCCGAAGACUUCAAGGACUUGAAACCAUUGAGACAAUUAUAUUUGAAUGGUUGCCAACUAUCUCGACUCCAUUCACUCAUUUACCAGAGUUUGCCAAAUCUCGAAGAACUGGACCUCAAAAAUAAUCGCUUCGAAGCGAUCGCUCCGUUUGAAUUCAAAUACCUUAAGAAACUCAAGAAUCUAUAUCUAGACGGAAAUAGUUUGACAUUUUUAGACUCAAAUGCAUUCAACGGUUUGCGUCUCAAUAAAAUCGGUUUAUCUCACAAUCAAAUCGUGUCGAUAAAGAGCUGCACUUUCUGUAACUCAACCGUCAAAGAGUUGGACAUCUCUUACAACAAAAUCAUGAGCUUUCAGCCGGACAUCACUGAACCGUUGGCCGUAUCGCUGGUGUCACUCAACACCCAAAACAAUCACGAUUUACACGACUCGGCGUUAAGUGUCGCUAAUCUAAUCCGACCGCUAAAGUCGAUAAGAAUACUAUCGCUGAGUUCAAUGAACUUAGAGGACAGUCUUCCGUCUAAUGUAUUUUUAAACCAAAGGGAAACUCUUAACUCAAUUGAUUUGAGUGGUAAUAAAUUUGUUAAUAUAAGUGCAAAACUGUUUGAAGGCUUGAAACACUUGGAAUCGCUGGACUUGUCGUCCAAUUUAAUGUACGGCCUCUCGGAGUCUGUGUUGGAGACACUAAGCAGUCUGUCAUCGCUGACCGUCAUAUACCUGGACUCGAAUCCGUGGUCCUGUUUUCGGUGUCAUGUGUUGCCACUCAUGGAAUGGAUCCAAUCCUCGCCCGCCUAUACCAACGCCUGCGAGAAAGACGACCGAAAGUCUUGUGCCAAAUGUGUUCAACCCAUCGAUUUGAAUGGAAAGGAAUUGCAUUCAAUGCAAGAAUGGAGUUUACCCUAA